GACCAUCACAGCAGUCGGAUCGUGAAGAAACGCUUGACGAAGGAUUCAUAAACUUUUUUUUUUAUCUUCAUUUAAUUUCACAUGAACUGAGCUGGGAUCAGUCUCGUCUGGUUUUCUGUGAGAGUUGACAGAGAGCAGAAACUUUUUAGUGACUUUUUCCUUUACUGUCGAUGAUUUAUCUUCAGCUCCGCCGUUUGCAGCAGGUGAAGAAGCGUUUGAACACGAGAGAUCAACAGGAAGCACAGAGACGUCUCCAGAGAACAUCCAGGUGCUGCUGGGAACUCUAACCUAUCCUGGUCACAAUGGCUGCCAACGUCACCCCUGAAGGCUGCGGCCCCGAUGUGGACUCCCUCUAUUACAACCUGUGCGACCUCAGUGCAGUGUGGGGCAUCGUGCUGGAGGCCUUCGCAGCUGCUGGCAUCGUCUUCUCCUUGGUGCUGUUCAUCUCGCUGCUGGCCAGCUUGCCCUUCAUGAAAGACAAGAACCGCAGGAGCUCGGUGGCCCUCCACGCCUUCUUCCUUGUCUGCACGGCCGGUCUCUUCUCCUUGACUUUCGCCUUCAUUGUGGGGAAGGACUUCUCCACCUGCGCAUCACGACGUUUCCUGUUCGGGGUGCUCUUCGGUGGCUGCUUCGCCUGUCUCCUGAUGCAGUGUGUGCGGCUGAACAUCCUCGCCAGGCGGAACAGCGGCCCCCGGGCUUGGGUUUUAUUUCUGGGUGCAGUGGGGCUGUGGUUGGUGGAGGUGGUUAUCAACACUGAGUGGCUGAUCAUCACAGUGGUGCACCACCCGCUGCAGUCAUUGAACGUCACAGCUGAAAGUGACAGAGCCACAGCUACACCUUGCAACAUUGCCAACCAGGACUUUGUCAUGGCGCUGAUCUACGUGAUGACCCUGAUCCUUGCUGUGGUGGUGGCGAGUCUGGCCAUAAUGGCGGGCAAACACAAGCAGUGGAAGAAGGACGGCGCAUGUAUCCUCCUCACCAGCCUGUCCUCUCUGGGAAUCUGGGUGGCAUGGAUUGUCAUGUACGUCUACGGGAAUGAGAAGCAUGGGGGGCCCACAUGGGAUGACCCCACCUUGGCCAUCGCCUUGGUUGCAAAUGCCUGGGUGUUUAUCAUCAUCUACACCAUCCCUGAAAUCUGCUGUUUGUCCAGUGAUGAUGAAAGCCAGCAAAGCUAUGGAGGAGAUCUCUACCCAAACCAAGGAGCCGGAUACGAAACAAUCCUGAAAGAACAGAGCUCCCAGAGCAUGUUCAUGGAAAACAAGGCGUUUUCCAUGGAUGAACCCAACCAAGGGGCCAAACCUGUGUCACCAUACAGCGGCUACACCGGGCAGCUGCGCAGCUCAGUCUACCAGCCCACUGAACUCGCUCUCAUCACCAAAGCAUUAGGAAAUCACCCUAAGGACCCGUCCUAUGACAUGGUCAUUCCGCGAGCUUCCACCAACUCUGCAGCCAACAGCGGGAGCACCACCCCGUCCACACACACUGAGACUGGGAACACUGCAUUCACACAGACAAACGGAAAUAGCGGGAACGGUCUGCAUAGGACGUCCCAGUGGUGAACACACUACGGCUUUCAACACCCCCUCAAAAUAGUUUCAGUUCAUGUCUUUUCAUUUGCACUUGCUGACUGUAUGUUUGAAGUUGUUUGUGGUUCCCUAAGCUGGUUCUAAGAAGAACCCUCGGCCCCGACAUGUGGAGGUGAACGUCGGGUCAUAACUGCUGAUGGAAAAACAGCUCAACCUUCUAUUGACUGCGUCCCCAUGUGCCACUGGGUAUCAGACAGCGUAGAGCUUCAUUUGGAAGUCAAAGCGAGGGGGAUGAAGCCACGGCUUUGCUGCAGAACAAAGACAUUUUGCAAUGGUUGCCAUUCACUGGGGGUGAACUGUGAGCUCUCUGCUGGACCCAGUCACACGGUGCUGACGGCACAAAACAUGGCCGAAGAGAAUAGUUGAAAAACUACAUGUUGGGAGUGUCGUCCGCUCAAUGUGAGCAGGUACACACACAUGUAAAAGUGCACCGCCUGUCCUACACGCACCAUAAACAACCAUUACAACUGUCACUGAGGUGGCAGUUUACUCUUGAACACAGGUUGGGCAAACACAGACCAUCAGGAGGAUCACAUUCACUUACUGUGUCAGGUUUAAUUAUAGGAGUCAAUAUAUAUUUUUGUUCCUGGAUUGUGAAUAUUGUUAAUAACCGUAAAAGUUAACACAUUAAAUUGAGCUACUGGUAAAGAAUGAAUGUAAAUAUGUUGUUCAUGUGUCAAUGCAUGGAAGCACUGUAUGAAUAUGUAUAUUUAAUGCUAUUUAUAGCACCGUGGUGUGCUAUUUAAUUAUUUAAUCUAAUUUCUGCCAAUUAAACAAUUAUGAGAGGAGACAGCUGAAGUCCCACCUGGGAUUAGCUUGUUUCGCUAACUUAAAAUGCUUAAUGUGAUUUUAGAAUUUUUGUUCAUAUUCUUAGAAAAGUGUGUAUCUACUCUCCUGGGCAGUAACAUCUGAGCACAAGAUAGAAAAAGUUUAUUUUGUGAGCAUUCAACAACAUAUCCCAUGAGACUGUAGGUUGAAGCCACAGAAGCCCCGUCAGAUCCUCAUGGGAGUUGUAGUUGUUCAGUGCUAACGGCAUAAUCAAGAGCUAUGUCUGAAUCAUUCACUCGUCACUAGCUGCAGGAAUACCCGGAAAGUAGUUAGCAUUUUAGCACUUCCUGUUCCCGCAUCUCAAAGUCGAUGGGGUUUUUGAGUGGGUUUUUGCUUGGAUGGCUGAAAUAAGGCCCAAAACAUUUUCAGAUUUUAUUCUACAACAUAGAUUACGUCAGUAAAUACUCCAGUCCGGAUUUCCUAAAGUUUUUUUGUGUUAAAAAAAGGCCGGUUACUAACAAGUGUCUAAAUGAGACUACAAAGCUUGUUGGGGACGUUAAACGUAAUGACAUUGAACAUGAAAACCGAUCUACUCUCCAGUCCGCCUUUAUAGCCUCGUUGUGAUUAUACUCUCUUACUCUCUUAACCAAACAAGUUGUCUCCAUCACAGUGAAGAAGUGCUUUAUUUAAAUGAAAUGAAUUCCCAACACAGUGUGUAUAGAACAAUUUUGGACACAGCUGAUGGUUUUUCUUUGACGAGAUGCUCGGGUUUCACCGUUCAGUAGAGCAGUGUACUUCUUAAAGUUUAAAUAGAAAACACUGAGAGAACAUAUAGUUGGAAGGGGGACUUCAGCUGUCUAUAAAGCCUUUAUUUUAAUGUACUGAAAUAAUUUGAUUACCCAGA